UAUUACAAUGGAAAAACAAAAAAACAACGCAUGGAUUGGAUGUAGUGAUAAAGACGAUCCAGAAAGCCCUGAAUGAAAAAUUUAUAGAAGUAUAAAAAUGAGUUAAAUCUGCUCUGAAACCAAAUAGUUAAGCGUAUAGAUAUAGAAGAGAAAACAGAAAAAGAUUGCUACAGACAGCCAGUGGAGGAGGAGGAGGUGAUAUGAGUGUGGAGUGCUGCUGGAGACAGGAAAAGCAUGACAGAGAAACAGACAGAAAGAAACACAGCACAGAGAAGAGAGAAGAAGAGAGGAGAGGAAGAGCAGCAGCGUCUCCAUGAUUACUCUAGCCUGUCUUGCUGUAUGCUUUCUGCUCUUUAAUUUUACAUUCUGAAGGGAUUCAACAGCGUACCGCAGACGACUCAUUGAUGGGGAAACAAGCUAAAGCUCAGCAUUACCUGUGGGCAGCAGGAUAUCUUUGGUGACAGAUGACAAAGCUUCACACAGAAAGAUCGUACUUCUCAGAACCUGAAUGGGAGCAGAAGAUAAUCUCAGGAGAAGUGAUGUCUGGGGAACAUGCUUGUUCUCUGCCUCCCCAACAGCCACUUCACUUCAACCAUUCACAAAGUAUUAAGGAUGUCCAUAAUGAAGGCCACUGGAGACUUGAAUGUUCUAAAAGGUCUUGCCACCACAUACAUCAGGAUAUCUAGCCUUUGGUUCAACAUUUGGACUUAAGGAAUCUGAAGAGGAAAUUGCUUUGAGAAACCACACAAAGUUGCAUUCCUUCCUUCUCAGUUUUACCACAAGAAAAACUGUCGUAGUUUUUCUUGUAAUUUUUUUUUUCUUUGAAGAUAAUAGCGAUUGGUAGAGCGAAGAAGAACUGUUAUGAAACUGUCAUUAUUUUGCCCAGGAGAUGACAACAGUUCAAGCGCAAAGGCACAAUGACUAGAUUGCGCUUUGUAUGAAAGAAACCAUUGAUCUUCGUGCACCACACUGAUGCUGCAAGGCACAUGAGGGGUGGCUGGGUGCUGCUUCUGCUUGCACUUGAAUAUCCCUAAACAUAAAGAUCACUAAAAACACUUCUGGAUUUUUUAGUAAUUAUAUUAAGUUGAUAAAGAAAGGCCACUUUAAAUCCCAGGGGCAAAAUGGGAAGUGACUUCAUAAAGUCUCAACAUAGCGGGAUGACGUGACAUGCUCCAAUAGGAUCCUUGUGGCAACUGUGACAGCUGAGCCAAGAAGACAGUAAUGAGAGGGAGCGGUGAGUCAAAGCCUGAUAUCACACCUGUGUUUACUUGUCUUCAGUCCAAACCACAAGGUGACAUCUUACUAGCAGGACAAUGCACACAUCUGCUAUCCUGAUCUCUGUCGCUAGAAUGAGCAACAUGACUGUGCAAGACACACCUAACCUCCUUGACCAAACUUCAUCUGAGGCCAUUCAUCCGAUCAGCUUCCAGGUUUCCUUGACAAGCUUUCUGGUUUUGGAGGUCGUGCUGGGCCUAAGCUCCAAUCUCACAGUGCUGGUCCUCUACUCCAUGAAACAGAACCUCAUCAGCUCCGUUUCCAAUAUCAUCACCAUGAACCUUCAUGUGGUGGAUGUGUUGGUGUGUGUAGGCUGCAUUCCGCUGACAACUGUGGUCAUCCUACUUCCUUUGGAAACAGACACGGCCUUGAUCAGCUGCUUCCAUGAGGCCUGUGUGUCUUUUGCAAGUGUGGCUACUGCUGCAAAUGUCCUGGCCAUCACAGUGGACCGUUAUGAUAUCUCAGUUCGACCAGCAAACCGUGUGCUAACAAUGGGUCGAGUUUUGGCUCUGCUAGGAUCCAUCUGGGCUUUAUCCUUUUUCAGUUUUUUGGUUCCAUUCAUGGAAGUGGGUUUCUUCAUCAGAUCUGGAACAGAUCUUGUAAACCAGACUGCAAUAGUGAAAUUCUCUCAGAUGAAUGAAUAUUACUCAGAGCUAGGCUUAUACUACCACCUGCUAGCACAAAUCCCCAUAUUCUUUUUUACAGCUGUGGUAAUGCUGGUAACUUACUAUAAGAUCCUUCAGGCACUUAACAUUCGCAUUGGAACACGCUUUCAACACAACUUACCCAAGAAAAAGAAAAAGAGCAAAAACAACAUAUCUUUGAGCACUGCUGCACAAGCAGAGUCUACAGAAGCUUCACAGAGCAGCACCGCAGGCAAGGGUAGUGGAAAUGCACCUUUAGGCAUGCGGACAUCCGUAUCGGUCAUAAUUGCACUAAGAAGAGCGGUGAAACGCCAUCGAGAGAGAAGGGAAAGACAGAAACGAGUUUUUAAGAUGUCUCUUCUGAUCAUCUCUACAUUCCUUCUGUGCUGGACCCCAAUAACGGUCCUUAACACAAUCAUACUCAGUAAUGGUCCCAGCGAUCUGACUGUACGCCUUCGCCUUGGUUUUCUGGUAAUGGCAUAUGGAACCACCAUCUUUCAUCCUCUCCUAUAUGCCUUCACUAGGCAAAAGUUCCAGAAAGUUCUCAAAAGUAAGAUGAAAAAGAGGGUGGUGUCUGUUGUGGAAGCAGAACCAACACCAAACAAUGUGGUCAUCCAUAACUCCUGGAUAGACCCCAGGAGAAACAAAAAGGUCACGUUCAAGGAGACUGACCCCAGACAAAAGUGUCUUUGCUCAGAGGAAGCAGAGUGACAGACUAAACUCAUGUAAAUGUCAAGAAAGCACACAGAAAAGUGAAUGAACUAAAACAUAUGGAUGAGGCGCAGAAAGGAGAAAACGUUGGAAAAAAAGUGAGAAGCAAAAAUCAGACCAAACUUUUAGAUGAAGCUGAAAAUCAGGUUGACAUACAGUAUGUAGGAUGAAUGCUAAAAUGAUGGUGUCAUUGAGAAUAAAGGGAUUGUUAUGACAUGAACCCAACACUUGUUUAAGGUUUUCUCUCAGAAAGAGACAUGGGUUAUACUAACUUAAUGGUAUUUAUUGUAGACUCUCAGAGACUGAAAUAAAAAGUUAUUGUUGAAAAACUGUA